UCCCACGUCGAGGAUUCAGCAGGAUUUAUUGAAGUACCAUCGGGUGGACCAGAGCCUCCAGUUCGGGAACCGGACGCCAACCCUGAAUCAUCUUUAAAGAUGUUUCUCUGAAUCUCGCUUGAUGUUCUCCUCCUCGGCAAAGAUUUGAUUACAGACGCGUCUUGUUGUUAGCAAGCUAGGCUAAGCUAGGCUAAGCUAGGCUAAGCUAGCCUGAGCAGCUCCAACGCGAACGACGCGGCUCCAAUUCGGGUACACAGAUGAUGAUUUUAGUCGGCCAGAGUCGUCACCGGGGCCGUCCCACGUCGAGGAUUCAGCAGGAUUUAUUGAAGUACCAUCGGGCGGACCAGAGCCUCCAGUUCAGGAACCGGAAGCCAACCCUGAAUCAUCUUCAAAAUGUUUCAUAUAUUUUAAUUCACUUUCCGCGGAUUCGAAGUACUAGUAUUUUUGUCUACUGGGCUAAUUAGCAACCACGAUGGGAAAAGAGCCAACGGCGGACUCAUUUGGACCAGCAAGGUAUCAUUCCGCUCCGGAAGGCGUCAUGUGGGCGUCGGGCAGCCAAUUAGGCGAUGGUGGAUCAGGGCCGUCGUAAGCUUUAUUCGGCCGCCGGCUGACGCGCGAAGAGCGUGAGAAAGAACACUUGAGCGCUCGGUCUCGUCCUCACUUAUCUGCGCGCCGGGUGCAGGCUGGGACGGGCGACUCCGCACGCCGGCGACCCCUCCCGCCGCGUGCUCGCCCUGAUAAGAAGCCACGGGUCAGAAAACGGCGCAGUCGUUAGCCGGAGCGACGUCAGGAUGACUGAUGUGAACGCGAUGGGGAGGAAUAUGGAGGACGGCGAUGGCUGCGGUCCAAAGAAAAGUCAGAAGAAGCGAAAGAAGGCAGAUAAAUGGAGAGCAGAGAGACCCAGAGAUCUUUUUGAAAAACUGGAUACUUUACCCGAAAGCAAGCAGCAGGAGAUCCAAAGGGCCCUCCAUCUUUUCUCUUUCGGGCAAACCAUGCCAAGAACGCUGCAGCAGGCCAUGAGGCGUCCCUACAAGUUCUGGCACACGCAGCCGGUCCCAAAACUUGGUGAGGAGGUCCUAAACCACGACGGGCAAAUCAGCGAGGGCGAAGCAAGCGCCCGAGAGGAGCCCUACUCCCUCCCCCCGGGCUUCUCGUGGGACACCCUGGACCUGAGCAGGCCCCCGGUGCUGCAAGAACUUUGCAGACUACUCAACGGGAACUACACAGAAGACGAUGACAACACCGUCACGUACGACUUCUCUGUGGAGUAUCUGCAGUGGGUCCUGCAGCCCCCAAAUUGGUUGGCCCAAUGGCACUGCGGCGUCAGAGUGGAUUCCAACAGGAAGCUGGUGGGCUUCAUUGCCGCCGUCCCUGCUGACGUACAAAUAUACGGCACGGAGAAGCGGAUGGCGCAGAUCAAGUUUCUGUGCGUUCACAAGAAGCUGCGCCUCAAGCGAAUGACCCCGGUUCUGAUCCGAGAGCUCGCCAGGAGGGUCCAGCGGCGGGGCGUCGCCCAGGCGGUCUACACGGCGUCCGUCGUGCUGCCGACGCCGCUCAGCUCCUGCCGAUUGUGGCAUCGACCUUUGAACCUGCGUAAACUGCUGGAGGUCCAGUACCCCGGGAUCCGAGGAGACAUGCCCCUGCAGAGAGCUCACAAGUUCUACCGCCUCCCUGAAGACGCGAAGACGGCAGGAUUCCGCCCGAUGACGCGAGGCGACGUCGAGAGGACGCAGGAGCUUCUCCGAGCGCACCUCGGCAAGUUCCACCUCGCCGCCAGCUGGUCCCGUGAAGAAAUCCAGCACUGGUUUUUGCCCAGGGAGGGCCUGAUCGACACCUACGUGGGGGAGGCGGGCGACGGCGGACUGACAGGUGUGGUGAGCUUCUUUGGGGUCUCCUCCAAGGUGCUGAACCACCAGCUGCACAGCAGCCUGAGAGCGGCUCACCUCUUCUGCGCGGCGUCCGCUGCCGGGGGGGACCUGGUCCGGCUCGUGGAGGACGCGCUGCUCAUGCUCAAAACUAAAGGCUUCGACGUCGUCAUCGCCGCCGACGUGAUGGACAACCAACGUUUCCUGGAGACGCUCAAGUUCGGCUUCAGCGGCAAGAGGCUUCAUUACUACUUGUACAACUGGAGGUGCCCCAGGCUGAGUCCGGACGAGGUGGGGAUGGUGUUACCCAACUAAAAUUCCAAAAAUGGAGGAUUAUGACCGAUGAGCGUUGUCACGCCGGAAAGCCGACAACGUUGCGUGCGGUCGAGUGAUCUGCAAACACGCACACUUUUACAAAAAGAUCAAAUUCCAUCUGCGAAUGAAUUUUUCCCGUAAAUACCGUUGAUUUAUUUGGCGUUGAUGAUGGCUACUGGUGUGGCAGCAAAUUCAAUAAACGCACGCUUCAGUUCAUUUUCCAUAAUCUGAUGACGUGCACACAUUUGAUAAUGGUCAUCAUUCUCAUAUUUCACACAGUCUUGAACGAGAGUGCACAAAUCCAUCCAUCCAUCCUUUUUCUUCGCCGCUUAUCCUCAUGAGGGUCGCGAGGAGUA